CAUGCAUAUUUGUGGGGCCCAGUAUGGCAAGUGGGGCCCACAAUUAGGAACACAGUCACACAAUCAAUCACGAGAUACGGAAAGCCACAAUUGCUGGCUGGCCGCCAUUACCACACAGAAAAGACUCUACCUUUUUUGCUGAGCGGUUUAAUUUUCUAGUGUGUAAUUGCGUGGCCCAUUUCGCUGCUUCCUUCUCUUUCUCUUUCUCUCUCUUUCCGAGGGAAGCUUAGCAGCACAACCCACCACCCAUGGCGGCGUCCCGACCCAAUUCAUUCGUCGCAGUUCCCGAUGUUUUCGUGUCAGUUUUAUCUUUCUUGCUCGUAAUAAUAAUAGUUGCUGCUCUCCCACUCCCACAUGCCUUGGCUUCCCCUAAUGGAUUAUCUGAAGGGGCAAACCUUUUGCAUUCAGAAAUACUCAAGGACGAAGCAGUCGCAAGACUAAUUGAUCUUGGGAAGGUGAGUGAUACAGAGGAAUAUCUUGAAAGGACUUUCCAGUCUCCAGCUUCUGUCAGAGCAGGAAAUCUUAUUCGACUAUGGAUGGAAGAUGCUGGUUUGCUGACAUGGGCUGAUCAAAUGGGAAACGUGCAUGGUCGGCAUGAAGGACUAAAUCCAAGUGAGAAAGCUCUGUUAAUCGGCUCUCAUUUGGAUACUGUCAUUGAUGCCGGAAAGUUCGAUGGAGCAUUGGGAAUUAUUAGCGCAGUGUCUGCAUUGAAGGUGUUGAAAACCAGAGGAAUGCUUGGAAAACUUACGCGACCAGUGGAGGUUAUUGCGUUUAGUGACGAGGAAGGAGUUAGGUUUCAGUCUACCUUCUUAGGAAGUGCGGCUAUUGCUGGUGUAUUACCUGUUUCAACACUGCAUGUGCAUGACAAGAGUGGCGUCACAGUGCAAGGCGCUUUGAGAAAGAACUCCAUUGAAAUUACAGAGCAGAAUCUCGUGCAGCUCAAAUAUGACCCUGAUUCUGUAUUCGGUUAUAUUGAGGUUCAUAUUGAACAGGGGCCUGUGCUCGAGACUGUAGGACUUCCUCUAGGUUUGGUUAAAGGGAUUGCAGGGCAGACACGCUUGAGGGUGACGGUGAAAGGUUCACAAGGGCACGCAGGGACAGUACCAAUGAAAAUGAGGCAGGAUCCAAUGGCUGCAGCUGCAGAAAUGAUUGUAUUUAUGGAGAGUCUUUGUAAACAACCUCAGGAUUAUUUAUCAUAUGAUAGUCAGUGUACAACAUCAGCAGUACAAUCUCUUGCAGGAUCUCUUGUUUGUACUGUUGGAGAAAUUUCAACUUGGCCAAGUGCAAGUAACGUAAUUCCCGGACAGGUGACCUUCACGGUUGACGUACGUGCAAUGGAUGAUUUAGGACGAGAGGCAAUUAUCUACGAAAUGUCUAAUAGAAUGUACCACAUUUGUGAUAAGCGUUCUGUUCUUUGUGUUAUUGAACGCAAGCAUGAUGCUAAUGGAGUGGCUUGUGACCCUGAACUGAGUUCGAAGCUCAAAUCCGCGGCUUAUACUGCUCUGAAACGAUUAAGUGGCGAGAAUCCUGGUGAAGUGCCUGUAUUGAUGAGUGGAGCUGGACAUGAUGCAAUGGCCAUGUCUCAUCUAACUAAGGUGGCAAUGUUAUUUGUGCGAUGCCGUGGCGGUGUUAGUCAUUCUCCAGCUGAGCAUGUAUCGGAUGAUGAUGUUUGGGCUUCUGGAAUGGCGGUCCUCUCAUUUCUUGAGACUCUUUUGUAAUUAAUUAGUCCUGACUCGUGUUAAUUACCUCCUCCAAAAUUGUGAUGUAUUAGUCAUUUCGUGGAAAACAACAUAUUGUUGUCUCCAAGAAACGGAAAAAAAAAAAUGUAUAUAUCUCUCAUCAAUCUUUCCUCA